GCCGCAACGGCCGCGACCUCGCCUCCACCUUUUCCCAUCUCCGAAUAAAAACUCCGCCACGACCUCCGCCUCCGCCCCCACCAGUCCGCCCGCCCUCCCCCAAAACCCUUCCGCACCCGCAAACCCUAGCCGCCGCCGCCGCCGCCAGCAAUGGCCGGCCUCCUGCGGCUCGCCGCCCGAUCCCUCUCCCGCCGCGCGCCCGCGCCCGCCCCCGCCCGGGGCCUCGCGUCCUCCGCGGCGGCCCUGGCGGAGGACGACUACUGGUCCGACUGGGAGGACGAGGAGGAGGAGGCGCGCCGCGCGCGGGCCUCGGCCCCGAUCCCCGGGACCGACCCCGCCGGCGGGGGCCCCCGGGGCGUGCAGUGGGUCGUGAUGGGCCGUCCCGGCCCGCAGAAGCACGCCCACGCCGCGCGCCUCGCGGAGGUGCUCGACGUCCCGUACAUCUCCAUGGGGACGCUCGUCAGGCAGGAGCUCAACCCCGCCUCCCAGCUCUACAGGAAGAUUGCAAAUUCGGUAAACGAAGGGAGGCUUGUGCCUGAGGACAUCAUAUUUGGACUGCUGACGAAGCGGCUUGAGGAGGGAUACAACAAGGGUGAAACCGGAUUCAUUCUUGAUGGGAUACCACGCACCCGAAUGCAAGCUGAGAUUCUUGAUGAGAUUGUGGAUGUUGAUUUGGUUCUGAAUUUCAAAUGUGCUGAUGACUGUUUCAUGAAGACGCGGUCAAGGGGUGACAUCUGUUCCCACUGUGGGCAGCUCUUUGAUGUCCGCAAUUCAGCAUCUACAAACAGUAGCCCCUGUGUCAGCAGUUAUACAUGGCAUUCUCAGGUAGAGCCUGCUAGUGUUCUUGGCCUCGAAGACUCAAGGUUGGAGAGGAUGCGUACUUAUGCUAAGCAGACCAAGCUGCUGGAAGACUACUACAAGCAACAGAGAAAAAUUGUGGAACUGAAGACAUCAGCUCGCCCUGGGGAAACAUGGCAGGGGCUUGUAGCCGCACUGCAUCUCCAGCAUCUGGACGCACCCCCAACACCGCACAAACUCACCAUGUAAAUAGUAAUUCAUGCUAUGUCUGAGUAGAGCCUUAAGGAUCUGAGUUUCGAUCCUGCCUGCAGCAUAUCUAAUAUCCCUAUGUUUGUGGGUUCAUCCUGCCUGCAGCAUAUCUUAUAUCCCUAUGUUUGUGGGUUCUGAUUCGUGAGAGAGUCAGUCGGCUAUGUCGUUUUUGUUCCUUGUUGCUAUAUAGAUAAAAUGUAAGCGAUUUUGCAGACGCGCUUAUAUGGUUGUAACCGAGAGUUUUGGACUUGCAAUUGCAAGUGUACUCGCUCUGCACCUGUGCUAUCUUCUCUUGCUCUAUUGUGGUUUGUCCACAUCAUUUGAUCGUA